AUGGCUUUCCUCUUUCAACCCCCAAUCUUUGGGAACUACAUUCUCCCAGCAGUUCCCAUGAACGUACCUACGACGCCGGUUGUUCUACCACAAUUCGCAGUAACACCUGUUCAGCUAGUUCAGGUGUAUCGGCCUGUCUUUUCUCCACCCAUCAGGAUCAAGGUCAUAUACCACCGUGCAGGAACUGUUCUGGCGUCCAACGAUGCUUGCUACAACUAUCCUCCAGCCCGAGAAACAGUGCUGGGAAAUUUAAACUGGUGGUCUGAACAGCAUGGGCUUGGACACGAAGCGUAUACUCGACGUUGUACACUCUAUCUCACCAGAAGCUACCGCUCAAUCCUAACUAUUGGUCCAAUUGAUGGACCUGUUUCACCACCAGAUCUUGUGAAGAAGGUGUCAUUUGGCGAUAUGACAGCCCCAGAUUUCCAUAAUUUGAUGAUGGACACAUUGUCGAAUAACUAUGGGGCCUUUAUCUUGGUCGAUUAUGGUUAUGUGCCUAUUAAAAUUCUGGCCCAACAACCUGAUAACGAUCAGAGUACUCCCCCGUGCGGAAAUUCAAAUGACACCACUGACAGCAACCAGAACAAGUCGACUGACAAUACUCCUGCCACUCGUGAGCCUUUACCGUCAUCAACCUCCUCAACGGAUGCGAUCAACACCAAUGCGUCUGAACCCUCGAACACUGGGGAUAAUACCACCGUGCCUGAGCAAGCUGCAUCAAGAAGUCAUACAACCCCUGCGGCAACUGAUUCUGAGCCGGCACCCAAGAUGCCUAAAGUUGUAAGCGUGGAGCCUGAUGACACGGAGGCAUAA